CUGUGAGAACACAGCAGCAGACAAACAGAGCCUAGAAGAAGAAGAAGACCGGAAGUAAACAUGGCCCUGGAGAAGAGCAUGGCGGCGAUCCCAGAGUUCCUCAGUAAAGCAGAGUUACUUAAACAGGGAGCAGAAGCCAGAGUGUACCGGGCAAGGUUCCUGGGAAGGCCGACUAUUGUUAAGGAAAGGUUCCGGAAACAGUACAGACACCCGCUGCUGGACGAGAAGCUGACCCACCGCAGGACGGUGCAGGAGGUCCGCUCCGUGCUGCGGUGCCGCCGAGCAGGCAUAUCUGUCCCGGUGGUCUAUUUUGUGGACUACUCAUCCCACAGUAUUUUCCUGGAGGAGAUAGUGGGCUCCUCGACUGUGCGGGACCACAUCGCCUCCUCCCCCCCGUCUGCUCGCUGUGAGGGUCUGGAGCCGCUGGCUGAGAGGGUGGGGCAGGUCCUGGCCAGAAUGCACGACGAGGACGUCAUCCACGGAGACCUGACCACCUCCAACAUGCUGCUGAGAUGCGGUCCGGAGGACGGGGUGUCGGAGCUGUUCCUCAUCGACUUCGGCCUGAGCUACAUCUCCGCUCUGCCCGAGGAUAAGGGGGUGGACCUGUACGUGCUGGAGAAAGCCUUCCUCAGUACCCACCCCCACACAGAGGCGCUGUUCCAGAGGCUGCUGAAGAGCUACGCUGCGGCAUCCAAGAAGUCCUCAGCGGUCAUUAAAAAGCUUGAGGAAGUCCGGUUGAGAGGGAGGAAGAGGUCCAUGGUGGGGUGAAGAUCCGUGCUGUGUUCAGGGCCUCUGGAGAUCACGUUUAUACAAUUCAGUUAUAGUUACAAAGCUUUCAUUGUGCAGAAAAUAUCCAACAUAAAAUAAAAAAAUGUUGUGAAUAAAA